UCGGAGGCGGAGUGAGCAAUGAAUGAGAGAUGGGGGGAUGUGAGAAAAGCCAGCAUUGGAUUGCGCAGGUAUUAUUGUUCUAUUCCCUUCCUGGUGCAGCCUGGCCGGAUUUAUGAUCCGCAAGUCGCCGCAGCCUUUUUUCUCGUUACGUCGAUCGAUCGAUCUGUUGUGUGGCAGGCUGCACACCCCGUUGCGUCUGGAUUAGCUCGCGCCAUACCAUUGGGGCGCCGUAGCCACAGCUGCCCAACCUCUCCCUCGUAUUGAACUCUAGCUAGCUACUCUUUUUGGCACCGGGGCAGUUAUUGCCAGCUUUUUCUCGUCUCUGACGGAGACGGCGUGCCCUCUUGGAUCCGCGAUUGUUGCUAUAUUGUCACUGUUGAUCAGAUCAUGCUUCGUCGCUCCUAGCGUAGUUGGUUCAUGGCGUGGCUUUAGGCGUGGCGAUGUGGACAGAGUGUGGGUGCGUCGUGCUAGACUAGUGUUCGUCGUGGGGUGCGAAGUCGCUGCUUAGCUCGGGUGGAGCGGAGUCCGGUCGGCGUUGUAGUCUUGCACGUGGAGAGAGAGAGCGAGAGAGACAGAGAGGAGAGAGAGUCGGUGUUGUUGUGUCUUGUGCUGAGAAGAAUAAGUGGUAGGGUGAGUGGGUACUGGGCUGGGAUUGUUGCACGAUUUUGUUGACUUGCGGGGGGUUAGUGUCGGGGGUGUUUGAGAGGUCGCAAGACUCGUCGUGGAGGGCCCUGCACGUUGUGUUUGCGCCGUCUUAGUAAAGAGAGUUAGUAGCGAACUCUAGGUUAGGAGUACCAAUUUCUGCACUCGAUUUUGUAACCGUGUCUGCUCUGCGAGCUAUCACUUGAGUGUCAAUGUAGGAUACCUUCGUUGUUCGAAGAGACUGGUGUGUCUAUCGAGUAUUGUAGUUUGAUUUUCAUGCUUCUCAUGCGUGCCGGAAACUUGGCUUGGAUCACGUUUACUCUUUAACAUGUUAUCCGACAAGAGGUUCACUAUCCGCGACGUCGACUUCGCUGUGUACGGAGCGGCUGUCGGCGCAAAUUCCCUUCACCCGCUUGUAGAUUGAGUGCGUCCUUGAGCUUGUGGCACUCGAUCAAGUGAGAAGUCAGAGUGGGCCUCGCAGACUCGACAUGGCGGUUGAUGAAGGCGUUUCGUAUCAACCCCCGUCUAGCUUUUCAAGUUUUUCGGAGUAUGGUCGAGCGAUCCUUGACACUCCCCGACGGCUCUACAAGCAUGCUUGGGACAUAUCGACGCCCACAGAUGAGAUGAGCGAGGUGAGAGCCAGGUCUGGUGCUGAAAUGAGUCGGAGUUUGCAUUGGUGGGAUGUCAUAGCGCUGGGUGUGGGAGGAAUGGUGGGCGCCGGCAUCUUCGUUUCCACUGGCACUGCAGCUCGCAGUAGUGGACCUUCGGUGGUGAUCGCAUACCUAGUCGCUGGAAUAUCGGCUCUCCUCUCUGCUCUCUGCUACACCGAGUUUGCUGUUGAGAUGCCGGUUGCCGGCGGCGCCUUCAGCUACCUGCGCAUUACCUUCGGAGAGUUUCCUGCUUUCAUAGCAGGAGCGAACUUAAUUAUGGAGUAUGUCUUGUCUAACGCGGCUGUAGCAAGGAGUUUUACGUCGUAUGCGGCCAGUGCGUAUGGCGUGCUGCACGCUGAUGCAUGGCGCGUACAGGUGGACGGCUUAGCUGAUGGGUACAAUCAGAUCGAUGUAGUGGCUGUCUUGGUGGUGAUGUUCCUCACUGCCUUUUUGUGCUGCAGUACCAAGAAAAGUUGCACGCUCAACCUGGUCAUGACUGUACUUCACAUUGCAUUUAUACUUUUCAUCAUCGUCAUGGGGUUCGUGAAAGGGGACGUCAAGAAUCUUACGACUGCUGGCGAUCCGGUGGCCAACCCGUCGGGUUUUGCUCCCAUGGGAAUCAGAGGGAUUUUGGGCGGAGCUGCUAUUGUGUACUUUAGUUACAUUGGGUUUGAUUCCGUCUCGACCACCGCUGAGGAAGUGAAAAAUCCAGCUAGGAGCAUGCCCAUUGGUGUUUCAGGUUCAGUGAUCAUUGUCACUGUCCUGUACUCGCUCAUCGCCAUCGCCUUGUGCAUGCUGCAGCCUUAUGAUAUGAUUGACACAGGAGCUCCGUUCUCUUCCGCGUUUCAACAUGUUGUGGGGUGGGAAUGGGUUACAAAAUUCAUUGGUGCGGGAGCCAGUUUGGGCAUUAUGACGUCACUCCUUGUAGCCCUGCUUGGACAGGCACGCUACAUGUGUGUUCUUGGUCGUGCACAUAUAGUACCGCAAUGGUUUGCUGCUGUGAAUCCUUCCACUGGAACACCCAUCAACGCCACAAUCUUUCUUGGUGCAUGCACUGCGGCAAUAUCACUCUUCACCGACCUCACGGUGCUUCUAAAUCUUGUAUCCAUCGGCACUCUCUUCGUGUUCUACAUGGUGGCCAACGCUCUCAUCUUCCGCCGACACUACGUGCGCGGCAAGACCUCGUCGUUACCAACGGCCGCAUACCUGGUCGUCCUCAGCGUCCUUGCCAUUACAUUCGUGACUGUUUGGCAGUGUGGCCAACACUAUCGGCACAACUGGGCGUUAUAUCUUGUGGGUGGCCUGGCCAUUGCUCUUACGGCCGUAUUUUGGUUUAAGAUACCAACAGCUCAGAAAGGGAAAGACUGGAGCGUUCCAUGCAUGCCAUGGGUUGCAGCAGCGUCCAUUUUCCUGAACGUUUUCCUCCUGGGCUCAGUGGACAAGGCUUCAUACAUGCGCUUUGUGAUCUGGAUCAUCAUUGCGAUUGUCUUCUACAUCCUUUACAGUGUUCAUUCCACUCACGAUGCCGAAGCUCGAGCAUCGCUGGACACUCCGCUCAUAGCAGGAACUGUUCAAGUGAAAGUUGAAUCACUGCCUUGGAUCCGAGUAAUUCUGUCAGUCUAGAAUGCAAAACUGGUUACUAAUGCGGGCCAUUGAGGAUGGGAGGCGGUAGUAUUUUUUGGAAGACCAUCGGAGCGACUCAGUCUGGCAAUCCCCCUCCCCUUUGCUAGCAGCAGGUAAUACCUGGGCGACUAAGUGUUCGAUAAUGGUUUCAUGACAGUAGUCUUGCCCAAUUCUGUACAAUUGAUGAACAAUUUCCAGUCCUAGUGCUCAAGGCGAUAGAUAGGUAGUAAAUCCCAACAGACUGCAAAUCUGUUCCCUUUUUUCUAGUUUCGAGUGAUUGACCUGAUAACGUAGGAAUGAAUGGGUUCGGCACAGGCCUUUCCCAUCAGCUGGUGUCAUAUUGACACCCAUGCGGCUGAAUGUAACUAUAUACUUUGUACCAUGUACCAUUUACACAACAAAGGGUCAUGACCCUUGCCAAGGGUUCAAGAUGUUUGUGAAGUGCA